AUGCCACCAGUCGAGUUAUCUCAAACAAAUACCGGAGACAGUAGCGGAUCCGCUGCUAAUAUUACUGUACCUACUAUUACUCCAGCAUUUAUUCCUCCAUCGGUAAAAUCUAAAAUUGGCAUUAUUUAUCCUCCACCAGAAGUACGAAAUAUCGUUGACAAAACAGCUAGUUUCGUUGCUCGCAAUGGUCCUGGUUUUGAAAAAAAAGUCAAAGAUGCCGAGCAACAAAAUUCAAAAUUUAACUUUUUGAAUUCAAAUGAUCCAUACCAUGCAUAUUAUUUACACAAAGUUAAAGAAUUUCAAGAGGGUAAAACGCAGUUACCACCAGAUAAUCAAAUACAAACAACACCAACGGCGGCCACAACGAAACUUCAAUCAAAAGUGCCAUCUGAAAUUAGUAAAAUAAUUGAAACAACUUUUGUUCGUGAUCCACCACCCGACUACGAAUUUCUUGCUGAUCCACCAUCGAUUUCUGGCUUAAAUCUUGAUAUAGUCAAAUUAACAGCCCAAUUUGUUGCGAGAAAUGGUAGACAAUUUUUAACAUCAUUAAUGAGUAAAGAAGUGCGAAAUAAUCAGUUUGAUUUUCUUAAGCCACAACAUGGCUUAUUUAAUUAUUUUACAAAAUUGGUUGAACAGUAUACAAAAGUGCUAAUACCGCCAAAAGAUCUGAUGAAUAAAUUAAAAGCAGAAGUCGAUCAUCCACAGAAAGUAAUGGACGACGUUAAUUAUCGUGUUGAAUGGGUUCGUCAUCAAGUUCGAGAAAAAGCUCGAGAAGAAGAAGCUUUUGAAAAAGAGAGAGCCGCCUAUUCUCAAAUUGAUUGGCACGAUUUUGUGGUUGUUGAAACGGUUGAUUAUCAGCCCCAAGAACAAGGCAAUUUUCCUCCACCGACUACGCCGGAACAUGUUGGAGCAAGAAUGCUUAUACAAGAACGUUUAGAUAGAACCAGUUUUCCCCAUUCAGCAGCUAUGAUGGAUUUAGCUGAUUUAGCGGCAGAAAUGGAUAUGGCCUCUCCACCGGGAUCUCCACAGCAUACAAACGAUCGAAAUAUGCAACAUAUUGAUAUGGAUCAGGAUGAAGAUGAAGGAACAACAAUAAUAGCAGCAGUACCGAGUGUGCCAAUACUUUUAACAACGCCACGUUUAACACCAGCACCAUUAGUCACAAUACCAAACAUUGCUGAAAUUCGAAGAGCACAACCACCGUUACCUUCUUCUUUACCACCGCCACCGCCGAGUACAAUGAAUAUGGGCAUACCACCUACACUUCCGGCAGCUCAUUUGCCAUCUGUUCUAAAACCAGAUCAAGUUAUAGUCAAACAAUACAAUCCAAAAGAUAAAGUGAUUACAUUACCUGAAAAUGAACAAUAUUUAAUCUCACCAUUUACAAAAGAAAAGAUUCCAGCUAGUCGUAUUUCUGAUCACACGAAAUAUGCACUGCUGGAUCCUACAUGGAUUCAACGACGUGAAAAAGAAGUCUAUGAACAGCAAGAGAAAGAGGCAGUAUAUGAGCCUGGUUCUAAUGUUGACAUUCAGUUGAAAAAAUUUGCUGAACGUCGUACUGAUAUCUUCGGUAAAGGCACAUUGGAAACAACCAUUGGUCGAAAAAUCGGUGAAGAAGAUCGUCGUGUAGAAGAAAAACCAACUUGGGAUGGUCAUACAGCAACAGUUGAAAAAACAUCGAAAAAAGCAAUGGCAGGUAUAACAUUAGAAGAACAAAUAACAGCCAUUCAUCGUAGUCAAGGUUUAAUUGAUGAUGAUAUGGCGAAUAGAAUUGGUCCAAUAAUUCCAAAAUCAUCACCAGUUACUUACAAUAUUACGCCUUCUCAAGCGUCAAAAACAAUUCAAAAACCUCCUCAACCAGCUACGAAAACAGUUACAAUCUCAGCUCCCGCUCAACCAUCCACUAUGCGUCCCGGCCAGGGUGGAAUGCUUGUUACACCCAUUACACUUCAACGUUCUCAACCAACCGGUCUCAUUUUGAAUACUACACCUGCCCUUCAACAAAUGGUUGGUGUACGACCAAUGAUAUCUCUCGGACAAAGUGAGCUUCAUCCACAUCCUACUGAUGAACCAUCAUCAAAACGAAUGAAAACAGAAGAACAAUUGAUGCCAGAAGAAGAAUUUUAUCAAAAAUUUGGAAAAGUACAGAGAAUAGGAGCAGUUACAUUUACAGUUCAAUUACCUGUUGUUACAGAAAAAUCAGAGUGGAAUCUCAAUGGUCAAGCUAUACCAAUGACAUUACCUGUUACAGAUACGAUAUCUCUAAUCAAAGCUAAAUUAAGUGAUUUACUUGGUGGAAUGCCCGCAGGAAAACAAAAACUACAAUACGAAGGAAUGUUUCUCAAAGAUUCGAAUACGCUUGGUUUUUAUAAUAUGUUGAAAGGAUCAUUGAUGUAUUUACAAUUGAAAGAAAGAGGUGGAAGAAAAAAAUAA